AUGGCAUACUACGAACCUCAGGGAUGGCAGGCUCCCAUGCGCCAGGCCUCCUGGGAAGCUUCGGCGCCUCCUUCACGGUCAGGCACUAGCUCAACCGUCCAGAGAGAACCCGAGACCAACGCCUUCGCUUCUCAAUUCGAUGAGGUGGAGCGAGCCAUCGAUAACCUGUCGAAGAGCGGGAAGACCUUUGGUGGUCUGCCUCGUCGGGACUCCAUGCCGAUGAUGAUGGGUCGACCAUACGAUUUCACCGAUCCCCGUGCUAUGGGCCCCAUGGCACCGUCCCGUCACCAUUCAAUUGGCGACUAUGACGGCAUGCGUCCGCACUCGGCCUCGAACCUGCAAGGCUUCUAUGCCGCUCAACGUUUCCAGGCCCGUCCGAACGAGACCGAACAGAUGAUCCAGGCGAAGCGUCGACUGGCUGCCCAGCGCGAGAGGGAGCUACGCAACUACCACCAAGAACAGCAAUACAAUCGAAGCCUUCUUGCCGAUAUCUCAGGGGACAAAUCCGACCGAUCCAUGAGCCCAGCGGCCAUGACCGAAGAGAGUCGCCGUGACCUGAUUGCCCGUCAGCACCGUGCUCUCUACGGCAACGACUCCGCGCUCCAGUCUCCCAAUGCUGGACCGGGCGACGAUUCCCACUCGCAGGCAGCCGGCACUCCGACAACCGGCAUCCCCAGCGGCCGCGGAGCCUCACCUCGAGGCGUCGACCCCUUUCUAGGAGGCCAGGCGCACGCCACCGACAGCCAGACGCAGCAAGCCACCUCGGGAGCGGGUGUGCCAUCCUCUGUGGCUCCUCGCACUCGCUCUCCGACUGCGACAGCCUCUCCGCCCUCAAACACGAACCAGGGCUCGACGUACGGUGUCUUUGAACCCAGCCAGCCACCCACCUCUUCCCCCACUGGCAAGGGAACCACUGACUCCUCCCCAUCCCGCGUAGGUCCCAUUGGCUCUCGUCCUGCCCAGCAGCAGCAGCAGCAGGCGCAAGCUCAACACCAGCCUCAGCAGCAACAGCAGCAGCAACAACAACCACCAACUAACCAGAGCCCCAACCCAUCUCUCAGCUUGCGUUCAACCACCCCUCUCCCUUCGCCGCUUAGCUACGGCUUCUCGCCCAACGACGACAGCGGCAGCGGUACCAACAACGGCGGCACCAACAACGGCAACGGCAACGGCCAUGGCCACGGCACCGGGAACGGCAACGGCACGGACGCGGGAGCCGGCAGUGCAACCCAAUCGAGCUCCGCGGCGGCAACCAACCGAUCUGCAUCGGGGAACAACAGCACCAGCCAGUCCAUGAAGGAAUCGUCCCCCACCGUCGGACUUGGCUGGGGAUGGCGCGGCAAGAACCAGCUCGGCGUCCAGGCUUCCGUCUGGGGAUGA